UCACCAUGGGAUGGACUUCUCUGUUAUUUGCUCUCUUGGUGUCUCUUCCUGCAUUAUCCCUUGGUGACCCUCUAUAUACACUGACUGGUCCCAAUGUUUUCCGAAUUGAAAGUGAAGAAACUGUGAUUGUGGAAGCUCACAAUGUCAAUUUUGAUAUUAAUGUUGAUGUUCGUUUAUUGAUUUUCCCUGAAAAUACCAACUUGUUAUGUCAAACCAAAAUGCACUUGACAUCAGCUAACAACCAUAUAGCUUCUGCCACUGUUAAGAUACCUGCAGAAAAACUCUCAAAGGAAUCCAGAGGAAGCCAGUAUGUGUCUUUAGAAGCAACAUCAAAUUAUUUUAAUUUGCAGAGUGUUAUCUUAAUAACACGCCAAACAGGACACAUCUUUAUCCAGACUGACAAACCAAUCUACACACCAUCUCAAACUGUGCUUUAUCGUUUGCUCACAGUGGACAGUGACCUGAAACCGAACAGAGCCCCAACAAUUGUUGAAUUUGUGAAUCCACAAGAUAUUGUCGUAGAACGGAAAGAAAUCAUUGUAAAAGAUUCCACUGGAAUUACUGGAAGCAUCUACAACAUACCAGAGAUUGUGAAUAUUGGAAUAUGGAAGAUUUUUGCAAGUUACAAAGAUGCCCCCGAUGCAAAUUUCACAACUCAAUUUGAAGUGAAAGAAUAUGUGUUGCCAAGCUUUGAAGUUACCUUGGCUUCACAACAGCCCUUUUUCUAUGUUGAUGACCUGGAAUUGGAUGUUACAGUCACUGCAAGAUACACUUAUGGAAAAAAUGUUGAAGGUCGAGCCUUUAUUCUGUUUGGAAUAUUGAAAGAUGGUGAAAGAAUAAGCAUUGCAAAUUCACUUCAAACAGUGUCUAUUACAAAUGGCCACGGAGCAGCUAAACUGACUAGAGACCAGUUGACUAAGAGUUUCGAUGACAUUAACUCACUGGUUGGGAGUUCAAUCUAUGUCACUGCAAGUGUUAUUACACAUACAGGCACUGACCUUGUGGAAGCAGAAAAAACUGGUAUAAAAAUAGUUGUCAGCCCAUAUACAAUCUUGUUCACCAAAACGUCUAAGUAUUACAAGCCUGGGAUGCCCUUUGAAAUGAUGGUCUACGUAACUAAUCCUGAUGGCUCCCCUGCCAAUAAUGUUCCUGUGAAGGUGGAUGAUGUCAGUUCGAAAACUCAUGCUGAUGGAAUUGCUAAAUUGACUAUAAAUACACAAGGAGAGCCAAAUAUCUUACGAAAACAAGUUUUAACAGAAGUUCCUGAUACUCCCAGCAAUCGACAGGCAUCUGCAUGGAUAACUGCAGAGCCUUAUAGGACACAACAUGGUUCAAUAAACUACUUGCACAUUAGUAUUCCAACAACAGAUUUAAGUCCAGGUGAAGAUUUAUUGGUUAGUCUGUACCCCCGAAAUGACAAUCCACAAGUCCAGGAACAAAUAAAAUACUUCACCUACUUGUUGAUUAACAAAGGGAAGAUUGUUAAAUUUGGGAGAGAAAACAGAUUGCCGAAACAAGUCAUGAUGACCAUGCAAAUUCCAAUCAAACCAAAUUUAAUUCCAUCAUUCCGACUGGUUGUUUACUACUAUCUUGUAAAGGGAUCAGUGGUGGAAUUUGUUGCCGAUUCUGUGUGGAUUGAUGUGAGGGACACAUGUAUGGGAACACUGAAGGUUUCUGGUGCAAAUCCAGGUGAUGACAAGAAAUUAUACAAACCUGGAGACGGGUUCAAAUUGAAAAUAACAGGUGAUCCUGGUGCAAAGGUUGGGCUUGUUGCUGUGGAUAAAGCAGUGUUUGCUCUGAGUAAGAAGAAUAAAAUAACACAGAGCAAGGUCUGGAAUGUGGUGGAGAAGAAUGAUAUUGGUUGCUCUCCUGGAAGUGGUAAAAAUUUCCUCGGUGUUUUCUCAGAUGCAGGAUUAGUCUUCGUAGCGAGCACUAACGUCAAGACUGAAACAAGAACAGAGCUGAAAUGUCAACAGCCAAACACACGCAGACGUCGUUCAACAACUUUGGGGACGGUCAAGUCACAGAAAUUGAAUAAGUUCACGAACUUAUUAUUGCGUAGAUGUUGCAAUGCUGGUAUGAAGGACAACAACAUGGGCUUCAGCUGCAGUAAAAGAAAGAGACGUAUAACUGCGGGGGAAGCCUGUGCAGAUGCCUUUGCAGAAUGUUGUGAACACAUUCACCGAUACAGAGAGCAGCUUGAUAGAAGCAGUAUGACGUUAGGUCGAAGUGCAGAUGAUGAUUACUACACUCCUUAUGAACACAUAACAAGCAGAUCCAACUUCCCAGAAAGCUGGCUAUGGACAAUGAUUUCUCUUCCAAAUAAUCAGAGAGAUGGCCUUGCAUCAUCGGAGAUUAUUCAAUACCUUAAAGACUCAAUCACUACUUGGGAAAUACAAGCUGUCAGUGUGUCUCCAACAAAAGGAGUAUGCAUUGCACAACCCUAUGAACUGACAGUAAUGAAAGAGUUUUUCAUCGACCUUCGACUUCCAUACUCAGCUGUUCGCAAUGAACAAGUGGAAAUUCGAGCAGUCCUUUACAAUUAUCAUACUUCAGAAAUUCAAGUUCGUGUAGAGUUUCCAUACAAUGAGAAUCUGUGCAGCAAUGCAAAACCAACAAAACGAUAUUCUGUUAAAAUCACUAUUCCGGAGCAAUCAUCCGCUGUGGUGCCUUAUGUUGUAGUUCCAUUGACUAAGGGAGAAAUAAUGAUUGAAGUCAAGGCUUCAGUUAUGAAUGUCUUUGUGACUGAUGGAGUAAAAAAGCCCCUCCGAGUCGUGCCAGAAGGAGUAAAGAUUGAACUCCCACCAUAUAAUCGUUAUUUGGAACCCAAAGGCAAAACUCAAAGAUUUGAUGUUGCCAUUGAUGUCCCAAAUGACAUGGUUCCGAAUACAGAGCCACUGACACUUAUCAGCGUUCAAGGAGACCUUUUAGCUGAGACAAUUGAAAAUACUAUCGAUGCAAAGAAACUGAACCAUCUAAUCCGUGUUCCAACUGGAUGUGGUGAACAGAACAUGGCAUCAAUGACACCAGUGCUGAUUGUUACAGUAUACCUAGACAAAACCAACCAGUGGAUGAAGUUGGGAGUGGACCAUAGGGCAAAAGCAGUGAAGAAUAUUCAACAAGGUUAUACCCAAGAACUAGCGUAUCGCAAGGGAGAUGGUUCUUAUGCAGCAUUUCCCCAUCGGUCAUCCAGCACAUGGUUAACUGCCUAUGUGGUUAAGGUGUUUGCAAUGGCACAUAACUUGAUCACAGUUGAGCCACAUGUACUCUGUGGAGCUGUGAAGUGGCUGAUAUUAAACAAACAGAAACCUGACGGUCACUUCCACGAGGAUGCUAAAGUAAUUCAUGGAGAGAUGAUUGGAGGAAUCCAUGGAUCACAGGACUAUUCACCAUUGACUGCAUUUGUGCUGAUCGCAAUUGUUGAAGCUAAGACUGUUUGCUUCCACUAUGUUGCGAGUUAUGAGAACAGCAUGAAGAAAGCAGUUAAUUACCUGGAGCAGCGCAUAGAUGGUCUUGAUGGAGCAUAUGGUGCAGUACUUUCAGCCUAUGCCCUUUCACUGUCGGGUGUAAACAAGGAAGACAUUGUAAUGAAAUUUGCUUCAUCAGACGAAUCAUACUGGCCAGUGUCAGGAAAUGCAGAUUCUUUGUACACCAUUGAAGCCACAGGAUAUGCUCUUCUGUUCUUUUUGCAACAGAAGCAGUAUGACCGUGCUGGUAAAUUAGUGAGAUGGCUAUCAAGUAAGAGCAAAUAUGGAGGAGGCUACGAUUCUACUCAGGCGACAAUAGUUGCGCUGCAAGCACUGGCCAAGUACAUGACUGAUGUCCCUCAGUACAAAGCGGUUGACUUGGAUGUACGGCUUUUCAUUCCGAGCAGGAGCAGAUUUGUUUCUUGGAGGUUUGAUACUGGAAAUGCAUAUGUAGCAAGAUCAUUAAAGCUCAAUUCUUUUGAAAGGUUUGCUGUAAACGCAAGUGGGCAAGGACAAGGAACACUAAAGGUUUUGACAGCUUAUUAUGCACUGUUGCCUAAGGAGAGACAGGAAUGCAAGAAUUUCAACUUGGACAUAGAAGUUGAAAAUAUUCAGGCUGCCAAACGACCUGAAGAUGCUCAGAAUACUCUCCUGAUAAAAAUCUGUGCACGCUAUCAUGGCAGUAAAGAAUCCUCAAUGGUCAUUUUAGAUAUCUCCAUGUUGACUGGAUUCUCUCCAGAUGUCAAUGAUCUUGGUCAACUUAAAAAUGGAAUUGAGGAUUAUAUAUCAAGAUAUGAAAUUGACAAAGCAUUAUCCACCAGAGGAUCACUGAUCAUUUAUUUAGAUUCGGUAUCAAACCUUGAGGACACUUGUGUUGCAUUUAAAGUACACCAAUUCUACAAAGUUGGAUUGAUUCAACCUGCCUCUGUCAAGAUCUAUGAAUAUUAUGAUACAACAAAGAGUUGCACUAGGUUCUACAAUGUCCCUGGAAACAGCGAGAUGCUUAGCAAAAUCUGUCAAGGUGAUGUGUGCAAAUGUGCCGAAGGAAGCUGCGUUACUAUAAAGACAGAGAAAGAAGACCCUGAUAAACGUGAUGAGGUGUCAUGUGCCCCAGGAACUGAUUACAUUUACAAAGUGAAAUUCCUUGAUAAGAAACGGAGAGACAAUUAUGUUUUCUACAAUAUACAAAUUCAGACUCUUAUCAAACAGGGAAGUGAUCCAGUAGCUGAAGAAGAUACGCGUAAACUAAUCAUACACUUCAGCUGUGAUAAUACAUUUCACGUGGAAUUGAACAAAGAUUAUCUAAUAAUGGGACAGAGCUCAGAUCUGUGGCAGGAGGAGGACAGAGUUAACUACCUAGUUGGUGAAAGUACUUGGAUGGAAAAGUGGCCAAAUGAUGCAGAAUGCCAAGAACGAAAGUACAGACAACUCUGUCAAGAUCUAGAAUUUUUUUCUGAAAAUCUCCGGUUUCACGGGUGUCCAUAUUAAUUACAUUACAUAUUGAAAUAAGUGGAUAAAAACAUGUGUACAACAAUUCCCAAUGUAAGCUUCAUUAUCAAAUUUGUAAAAUUCAAAGCUGAUCUUUUUCACUGCAAAAAUUUGAAGGAAUGAACAAGAGCAGUAUGGUAUUGAAUGCAAUUUAGCUUGAGUGUAUCUUUUUGAUGGUUAAUUCCAACUUCUGUCAUAAUAAAAUACUAAUGACUGAUUGGCCUUUCUGUAAAGAUGAUGUAUACAUUUAACAUGGUGUUUAAAUGUCUAAUAAUUACAGUGUUGCUAUGAUUGUAUUGUGCAGAAUUAUGUUUGCAGACUUUUACAGCAAGAGGUAAUUUGUUAAGAAUAUGAUAUUAAAGGACUUA